UCCCGCGGACUUCGCCGGCCGCCGUAGCCGGAACUGCUCCUGUGUGCCGCGGGCCGGGCCUCUGGGAGGCUGAGCGGCCGCAGCACCGGCGUUCGCAACCCCGUCAGCCACACGCCGGCAGCGGAGGGGACGUGCCGGGGCGAGGGCCGCUCGGCGACUUCUUCCAAGGCGGGAGGACCACACCGGCGUUGCGGCCUCUCAGCAACCGGCGCUCGGGAGCCAGGGCUGCCCGACAGGACCCCGGGGGACCCGGGAAGCCUGGCUGCUGCGAGGCUUUGAUGAAAAAGGAUGACAGUGAAGUUGGGAGACGGCGGCGGCGGGGAGGAAGGGCUCAAGAGGCUGGGCAAGAGGUCGGCCGAUGAGGACUCGCUGGAAGGAGAGGGGCCCGGCAGCGGGGACGCGGCCGAGGAGAGCGGUGGCACAAAGAGGGACGGCAAGACCCCCCGGGACGGCGGCGACGGACCCCAGGCCCCCUCGGGCGGCCCGCAGGCCCCGUCCCCGCCGCCCGCCUGCCCCCAGGACCAGCACCACUUCCUCAGGUCCAGCGUGAGGCCGCAGAGCAAGAGGCUCAGGAAGGACUCGUCCUGCGCCGGGGGGAGCAGCAGCGCGGGCAGCUCAGGGCCCCGCGGAAAAGGAGCUGACGGUGGCGGAUCAUCAGCUGGAAAUGGGUCCGGGGUUGCCCCCGCUGCCCCUGCAGGGGGCUCUCGCUCCUCUUCCCGGAACUUAGGGUCUUCAGGCGGUGAGAAGGAAGAAGGCAAGAAGGUGCGGCGUCAGUGGGAGUCGUGGAGCACGGAGGACAAGAACACCUUCUUCGAGGGGCUGUACGAGCAUGGGAAAGACUUUGAAGCGAUUCAGAACAACAUUGCUCUGAAAUACAAGAAGAAAGGCAAGCCUGCCAGCAUGGUGAAGAACAAGGAGCAGGUCCGGCACUUCUACUACCGCACGUGGCACAAGAUCACCAAGUACAUUGACUUCGACAACGUGUUCUCUCGCGGGCUGAAGAAGUCGUCCCAGGAGCUGUAUGGCCUGAUCUGCUAUGGGGAGCUGCGCAAGAAGAUCGGGGGCUGCAUGGACGACAAGAACGCCACAAAGCUGAAUGAGCUCAUUCAGGCUGGGGCCACCACAGUCCGGUACAAAGGGAGGAACCUGCGGAUCAAAGCACCCAUGUGCCGUGCCCUGAAGAAGCUCUGUGACCCGGACGGCUUGAGUGACGAAGAGGACCAGAAGCCAGUGCGCCUGCCCCUGAAAGUCCCCGUAGAGCUGCAGCCACGGAACAACCAUGCCUGGGCCCGCGUGCAGAGCCUCGCACAGAACCCGCGGCUCAGGAUGAUCGUGGAGCUCCAUCGAAAGGUCUCCAGCCUCAUCGAGUUCCUGAAGCAGAAGUGGGCACUUCAUGAAGUGCGAGUUCGGAAGACAUUUGAGGAGCAGCAGCUGCAGGACUCGUUCAUGGAGCCAUCGCAGGAGAAGGUGGCACUUCACCUGUUCCCGGGGGAGAACUGCACCCUGACCCCGCUGCCGGGCGUGGCCCGAGUGGUACACUCAAAGGCCUUCUGCACGGUGCACUGGCAGGAGGGUGGCCGGUGCAAGCAGAGCACUAAGGACACCCACUCGCUGCCCCCAGCCCAGAUCCUGGGCAUCCAGAGCGGGCAGGGCACAGCCAGGGGCCAGCUGAAGUGCCCACGGGGUGGCGCCGAGGCCAAGGGCGGGGGGCGGCCCCCUCCCUCCACCGACGCUUUGCAGAGCUCUGGGGAGAGUUCCCCUGAAAGUGCACCUGGGGAGGGGGCCGCUGCAAGUUUCAGCAGCCCGGAUGCCUCUGACAGGCUUCCCCCUGGGCUCCAGGAUGCUGGUGGACAGCUUGAGAAGACCCCUGUGGCCGCUGCUGCAGAGGGUGGGGACGGCCCUGCCCGAGAGCCCGGGCCCCUGGCGUGUGCCUGUGGCCAGCUCCCAGACCUGGAAGAUGAGCUCUCCCUCCUCGACCCCUUCCCCCGCUACAUGAAGUCCUGUCAGGACCUCAUCAUCCCUGAGCAGUGCCACUGUGCAGACUCACGGCCUUCAGGGUGCCCCUCCCCAGAGACCCUCGUCCCCAGCAGCACAGAGGUGGCCGACCUCGCCCGGGCCAGGGCACCAUCCCCUGCCCGCGUCCCUCCCGGCCCAGAGCCUCAGUCCAGCCCCGGGCUCCAGCCGGACGUUUGCACUAAAGACUUGGCGGACGCGUCUGCGGAGGAACCCCAGGAGAAGGCGAGCCCCUUGGACCCCCUGCCACCUCAGGGUCAGCCUGCCGUCAAGCCUCCGAAGGACGUCCCUGCCAGCCGGUUCGCCCAGCAGCUCCGCGAGGAGGGCUGGAACCUGCAGACCUCUGAAAGCCUCACGCUGGCUGAAGUCUACCUCAUGAUGGGCAAGCCCAACAAGCUGCAGCUAGAGUACGACUGGCUGGCAGUGCUGGGCCCUGAGGGCCAGGCCCUGGGAGGGCAGGCCCAGGGCUCCCGGGCCGGCUCCCCGCCUACCACCUUCCACAAGCAGCGCCUCCUCAGCUGCCUCCUGAAGCUCAUCUCCACCGAGGUCAACCCCAGGCUGGCUCCAGAAGCGAACACUGGCUCCACGGCCUCAGUGAGGCCCGCCCAGGAGGAGCAGUCGACGACGCCCCCGGGGAAGGUGGUGACUGUCAGCACCCGCAGCCCACGCUGCCCUCGAAACCAGGCUGCCCUCCGUCACGGCAAGACCUUCUCCCCCAGCUCCACACCUUGCUCCUCAGGUUUGAGAAACCCCCCGAGGCCCCUCUUGGUGGCCGGUCCCUCCAGUGCCGGAAGUGGUGACUCAGAUGGUGGCCUUUUUGCUGUCCCGACAACUUUGCCACCCAACAGCCGACACGGGAAGCUCUUCUCUCCCAACAAGGAAACAGAAUUGACGUUCCGUCAGCAUCUGAACUCCAUCAGCAUGCAGUCGGAUUUCUUCCUGCCAAAGCCCAGGAAGCUGCGGAACCGGCACCUGCGGAAGCCGUUGGUGGUCCAGAGAACACUGCUUCCUAGACCGUCUGAAAACCAGUCCCACAAUGUCUGUUCCUUCUCCAUCCUGUCGAAUUCUUCCAUAACUGGGAGAGGCUCCUUCCGGCCCAUUCAGUCCUCCCUGACCAAAGCGGCUCUGUCCCGGCCGAUUGUGCCCAAGGUCCUGCCACCCCAGGCCCCAGGCCACCUGGCCAGUAAGUCUCUGCGACUCUGCCCUGGCAUAAAAAUGAGGCCUGCACAUGGGCUGUCCCCUCUGGGGCGCGUUUCAGGACGUCAGGAGACAAAGACUUGCACGUUGCUUCUGUUGCCAGGCGCUAUCGACUUAGCAGCUAAAAGCGCCGGCAUCAUCCCUGGGAGCCCCCUCCCCGUCCUGGAUGCCGAUGGCUUGUCUGGCAUCUCCCCGCUGUCUUCAGAUGAGGUGACGGUGACUGUCUCGGGGCAGGACUCCACCGGCACCCACCAGAAUGGAGACCCCAUCCCCGCUGUAGGGGGCACGAGCGACCCGUUCAUCAGUGUCCCCUCGAGGCAGGAGACGGUGGCAGACGGUUUCCAGUAUCUGUCUCCGCAGAACUCGCCCGUUCUCUCCUUAUCCGAGCUGUCCAAGGCUCCUCUCCACAAUGGGCUCUCCACACCGUUGGCCUCGUCGGAGGCCUCCAGCACCCGGCUCUCUCCGCCCAACGUCUCUGCUCUGCUGGACAUCUCCCUGCCCGGCCCGCCUGAGGACGUGCUCUCGCAGGGAGAGCCCGCCACGCAGAUCAGCGACUCCAUCAUCGAGAUCGCAAUCAGCUCCGGCCAGUACAGUGAAGGAGUCCCUCUUUCUCCAGCAAAACUGAACGGCAGUGACAGUUCCAAGAGUCUCCCCUCCCCGUCCAGCAGCCCCCAGCCAGACUGGAUCGCCUCCCCGACCCACGACCCCCAGUGGUGCCCCAGCGACCCCACGGACUCCUCACUCAGCAGCUUGUUUGCGAGCUUCAUCUCCCCAGAGAAGAGCCGGAAGAUGCUGCCAACCCCCGUCGGAACCAACAGUGGCACCUCCCUUCUGGGCCCCAGCCUGCUGGAUGGCAACUCUCGCGACUCGUUUGUGUCCCGGUCCCUGGCUGAUGUCGCCGAGGUAAGCGCACGAGCUUUCCCCCAAGCCUGGGUGCCAGCCUCCAUCCCAGAGCUGCCAGACCCUCCGGCAGACCCGUGUGGUUACUCAGAACUGCUCACCAAGAUUUACAUGUCAGGAGCCGUCAUGGACAGAGCCCAGCCUCUGACUGCUCCUGAGAGGGAACCUCUGCCAGUACUGGCCCGGCAUUUGUCCCGCUGGCAGCAGGUGACAGACCCUGAGUCACGGCUGAGCCCGGGGCUCUGAAGGCAACUCUGGGUCUUGUGUAUCCUCCACCAGCUGUGUGACCUCGGGCAGGGACUCUGUGUCCCCCUGCUCAGUCUCCUGAUCUGCAGAGGAGAAGAGGCAGUAGUGGCGGUGCCAUCGUUGCUGCCACCUGACAGAGGGGACCCUUGAGCAGCACCUUGGUGUCGUUGCUCGUGGCUGACCUGCCGAAUGGAGGGAGGGCUGCUGCAGAGGCUCCUCUGCGAUCACGUGAUGACCCGGGAGUCAUGCUGUGGCAGUGUGUCACCCCCAUGUUCUGCCUAGAAUGCAGCAUCCCUCUUUUCUUUGUCCAGGCCGCUGCCUCACACAACCACCCAGGCCUCCAUCCCACUAGGUUUGAGUGGUAUCUGUGGGCAAGUAGGGCUGAGGGAGUGAAGACGGGUACAUUUAACUAAGACUCCAGGCGUGAAGUAACAGGUACUGUAGGAGUUUAGACAGAGGCUGUGCUGAGGGGAGAACCUAAGUCUAGAAUGCCCCUGGCCCAACCCCCAGCUCAUUGCUGAAGUCCUAGAGCAGCAUCUCCCCAACACCGGCUCCCUAGGCUGUCGAGGCACUUGUGGGGGGCCCUCGAGCAUUUCAUAGUCGAUACUCGGGGGGAACCUGGAUCAAACAAAGCUCACACAGCUGCUUCCCAGGAUGCCUCAGCUUCUCGGUGUCCGGACGUAAAUCUCGAGAUCCGAGGGGAUUUUGAAAACAAAUUUCAGUUUUUUUGAAAUUUCUUGUAGUUAAAAAGUUUAAAGUUCAGUUCAUCCUGUGCUCUACUCAGAAUUUUCCGAAGACUUCUCAUUUGUAUUUGUUCAUUACAUCAAGCAGUUUGUUAAUAUUAAUUGAGGGCCUACUAGAUGCCGGGCACUGCUACAGGCCCAGAAUGGACAAAUUAAAGGCCCCAUCCCCAUGAGGCCGACAGUCCGGUGCUGGAGGUGCGGGAGGAGGCAGUAAACUCCCUGGCUCUGCCCACAGGACAGUCCUGAUGCGUGAGGCCCCACUGUGCACACUCUGGUCUCCUCUACUCUCUGCCUUACUCACUGUCACAUCCACCAUCUUUCUUGUUUCUUGAACAGCCGGCUGUUCCCACCUUAGGGGCUUUGCACCUGCUGUUUCUUCUCACGGGAAUGUGCUUCCCUCGUGGCUUUACAUGACUUGCUCCCACACUUCUGCUCACACCCCGCCUCAGAAAACCCUCCUCUGACACGCAAGCCCGUGGCAAACUCCCUCCUCCACUUCUGUCUCCUUCAGGCCACCCCACAGUCCCUAGUUCUGCUGCCUUCCCUCUGCCUCUCUGUCCACUGACCGUCCUCCCCGGGGACCCACCACUCUGACCCGACAGCUGGGCGGCCGGGCUCACAGUACAUACUUGUCCACAGAGCGAGUGUUCGCAGUGACGGAGGUGAUUCUGAGGUUGUCCCUGGAGUGCGGGGGCCGCUGUUACGUGGCCGCCAGAGGGACUCUCACCCUCAUUGUAGAGGGAGUUGUGCUUAAGUCCGGCCGUGGUGGCCGGCUGCCUGCUCACUCGUCUCCCC